AUGGCUGGAGGAUUUAUGAGCGCUUCUCAAGAGGAGAAACAACGAGUUUUAGAGAUGAUCAAGCCACUCAUUUCCGAAAAACUGAAUAUGAAACAUUGCUCCGAUUGUUUCAAGGUUGUAUCUCAUGAGGUGCAAGUGGUGGCAGGUGUGAAUCAUAAAUUGAGAAUUCAAGUGAGUGAUUCGGAAUGUAUUCAUGUGAAAGCUUUUGAGUCUUUGGACGGAGAAUUUACCAUUCAACAAUUAUUGGAAGGCAAGUCAUUGGACGAAACAUUUUGA